AUGAUCGUCCUUGCUGCGCAUACUGGCGCCGGAUUUAUUGCCCAGAGGAACAGAGACAGACAUGUCAAAUUGUUGAAGACAGCUUUGAAAGAGGGCGUGCGUGUAUACCUGGCAAAUGGGUGUCUCCAGGAAGCGAUUUCCCAAAUUGUCUCCGUCCUUGAAAACGAUUCCGUGACAAAUGCCGGCCAUGGAGGAAAUCUGACCGAAACUGGCAAGAGGGAAAACGAAGCCGGUCUGAGUUUUACGAAGAGAAUCGGCGGGGUCGAGGAGCGAGGUCACGGCGCCGUUUCGGGCCUGAAUAAUGUUCUCAAUCCGAUUCAAGUGGCAAAGAAAAUUGCAGAGCUCCAAUCUAGGUUUAAUACAUCCCCGACUGACAGAGGCAAGGACAAACAAGGACGCAUCCCUCCUAUUCUAAUUUCCGGCCCUGGUGCUGAGCAAUUCGCCAAAAACAACAACAUCAGCUAUCGCGAAGAUCUGCCCAUCGCUGAGAAAGCGCUCAAAGUCUUCAAAAAGUACUCCAAAGUCCUAAAACGAGCAGCUGAGAAAACAAACGGGCCUCCUGAGAAGAUUCAAAAGUCAUGUGACACGGUAGGAGCCGUAGCGAUGAAAAUCGAGAAGAAUGAUAACAACGAAGAGUAUUCAUCCGAUUCCGUCGCUGCUUCAAGUUCUGGUGGAUUCGUCGUCAAAAGAAAUGGAAGAGUCGGAUCAGCCGCUCAUCUUGGUGCUGGAUUCUGGUCGCAGGAAGAUUCUUGCACCACGUGUUCUGGCUGCGGCGAAGAGUUGAUCAUCCACAAUACUGCCAGACUCGCUUGUUCGGAGGAGUUUCUUUUUGACUCUCACUCUAUCGCUUCAAAUUUUCCAAGUUCUUCGAACACCGGCAUCGAGCUUGGAUUCCUCAAGCUGCUGAAUGACGGAAGAGGCGGAAUAGAACUUCAGUAUUUGCACACUACAAGCGACUUUAUGAUAGGCUACGUCUUUUUGAACCCUAAUUUAUCUGACCCAGACACUCUAGCUUACAACUGCCAUCAUUCGGAAAAUCCGAAAGUGGGAAACUCCCAGUACAGUUCCUUUAGAUUUUCUUACUCACAAGAUUAA